CGGGUAGACGCUGGGCUUUCAUCUACGGACGCGGCGGGAGGGAGGCAGAUCCCGACGAUCUUCCCCGACGGGAGCGUUUCGCUCAGCGGCUGCGGCGGCGUCAGUAAACCGAGUUCUGCCACUGCAUUCAGAGCCUGCCCGGAGCCGGCGGGACAGACGGUCUGUCCCGUCUUGGUGAGAGGAUGGUCGUCCGCGUGUUCGUCGCCUCCUCCUCGGGCUUCGUGGCGAUAAAGAAGAAACAACAGGAUGUUGUUAGAUUUCUGGAAGCCAACAAGAUAGAAUUUGAAGAAGUAGAUAUCACCAUGUCAGAAGAACAGAGGCAAUGGAUGUACAAAAAUGUCCCCCCGGAAAAGAAACCCACUCAGGGCAACCCUUUGCCACCUCAGAUAUUUAAUGAUGACCGAUACUGUGGUGAUUAUGACAGUUUUUUUGAAUCAAAAGAAAGCAACACAGUCUUUUCAUUCUUAGGCCUGAAAUCACGGUUGGCAUCAAAGGCAGAACCUUAAACACGAAAAGUGGAAGAUGAUAGAGAUUCACUUCGGAAUGCCCCCUGGUACUCAGCACACACCUGCUUACCUAAUGCAUCACUGUGACAAAAGCCACAUGCAUCAUCAAUAACUGCUUGCCAUGUAAAAGGUGUUUUUGGAAGGUGUGGGUAUAAUGAAAUUGCAUGAUUGCUUUAAAUCAAAUCAGGACUGUGGUGGGUUUUUUCUUUUUUCAGAUUUGCCUAUUGUUGCCUCACUCACCUAGAGGCACUGUAACCUAUUAUGGUGCACUUCCGUAAUUACUAAAACACAAGCGAGUGGCACCAUCAGAGUGAAAAUGUUGGCUCUGCCCUGGGUUGUAGUUGAUGCCAGUUUUGUUCAGACCUGUUGUAGUUGAUGCCAGUUUUGUUCAGACCUGUUUCUCUUUAAGCUAGCUGGAUUGCAUCCUUGAAAUUCUUCUGUUAAGCUAUUAGAAUGUUAUCAGAAAGGAAAAACAGUAAUGCUGGUUGACAAAAGGCUGAAGAUUUUAGCUGCAGAAUCACAAAUAUCGCUGUUGCAAUGCUUUGCAAUAACACCUGUGGAAACAAUUAGACAUUCUAAUCUUUUGGUAAUGGAAAUUUUUACCCCUAUAAAUCUUUUGAGCACCUACAAAUGUUUUGAAGAGCACUUGCAGUACUGUGUGACCGGGACCAAGUUACAGGGAUAGAAAGUAAUUGCUAUUUUGGAAAAUAUAAGCUUCUUUAUCUUUUGUAAUGGAAACUUUUUGCUUAAAUACAUAAGAUUGCUUAAAAAAUAUAUUUUAAGAGGUGCACUGAAUCAUACAGUAACUUUAUAGGAAAAUUGUCUAACUCAUAUCAAUGAAGGCAUUUUCAGCUCUGGCAAUUUAUUUGUACAUAAGUGCAUAUGUAUUUUUAAAUGCAGCUCCCCUAACAGUUGCUUUUUCUAUUUUGUGAAAGGAUUAUAUUUUUUUGAGAAGGGGAGGUCUUUAGUCAGAUAUAUUGAUAUUUUGUGAACCUUUGAUGAGGCAUGUUAAAAGAGACUAAUAUUACACUUUUUUUUUUCCUGUUAUUUUUCAUUGGUCGUCUGACUUUACUAGCCCAUGUUUCUGGCCCAUGCACGGUCUCAGCAUUUUCAGAACAAUGUAGAUACAUGUUCUCUUCCAUAUAUGAGCAUCAAUAAAUUUUCUGAUCAGCAGAUACAAGAAAAGGACUGUCAGGGUAUCUUCAAAUUGUACUUGCCAUCAAAACCUCUGCUCCCUUUGACAUGGAUGCUAAGAAACUCUGAACAUGUCCAUUCUAUUAGGACUAGGGAUACUUUUCUGCAUCCUUGUCUCUGUUUAUUUUAGUUGUCCAGUGUGGGAGCAUUCUUGAAUAGGACCAGCGUUCAGAGGGUUACCUAAAAUUUUCUGCUAUUGUCAGCAUCAUGGUGUUGGAUCAGAUUCUGAGCAGGAAGUCUAUAAGAAGUUGAAAGAACAGAGGAAUUAAGCCCUGUCACGUGUGUUCUCCCACUGCUCCUGUCCCCCACCCCCUUCUCUUCUCCACCCUUAAUACCUCUCUCCUUGUUAAACAUAGGCUAUUCUAAAGAGCAUGUUGAAUGCUAAAGUGAAAUCCCAGCCUGAGAUUUGCAACCCAGGACUAUAACCUGAAGAAAAGCAUGACACUGAUAUCUUCUUACUUGGAACAGAUACAUGAUCAACAGUUUUCUCUCCAAGGAAACCCUUUGUGAUAUCUCGGGUCUUAAUCUUUAGUUGAUCUGAAAUAAGAUCCAUAUCACAUUCCAUAUGAUAAAUCCCAGGGACUAUCCAGGAUUUUUUUUUUAAACUGGAUAUUUCGUUUAAAACUUUCAAUUACUUUUUAAGAUACAACAGUUUUAAACUUUGGUGUUACAGUUGUCUGAUUCACAUUGACUCUGCUCUUGCCAGUGCGUACCAAGAACCAACUUGGUCAAGUUGAGAUUUGCAAGUCUAAUUCUGGGCUUGUGGGAUAAACAGGAUCCUGGGUAGACAAUGAAAGUUACCCAAACUGGUUUGUCUUAAAACUUUUUAAUUAACCUUAGUAGGCCUAGUAUGAUUCUCCUAAACAGACUAGAUAGAUAAUAAUACUAAAUGCAUGUCAUCUAUAUCCACCUCACCUGUUUUGUUUUGUUUUUUAAAUUAGCAAAGAAAUGAGUCCAGUCCCUGGUGGUACUGUCCUUAUUUAGAGUCAACUGGAAACACAUUGUGUGGCAUAGGUCACACAGACACAGGCGCUGCAGGGUACUGUGGGAUUGUCUCUUAGAACCACACGAUGCCUAGAAUAUAUUGUGUCAUUAUUUGUACUGUUUCAUCAGCUGAAUUUCAAGCAUAUGAAUGAUUUUCCUUUUUCCUUCUUUAACUAGCUGCCUUUAAAUUUUGAUAAUUGCUGUCUUUAAAACCUAGGAAAGAAAUAGAUGGGAAUUGCAGACAUAGAUGUGAUACCAAGGUUUCUAAAAGCAGAAUUGUAUUUCCUGUAGUAGGCUUAUUGGAGCAAAGAAAAUGUGCUGCUGAAAGUCAAAUCAUGACACUUUAAAAUUAAGUAAAAUACAUUCUAAGGAUAUGCAGACCAGAAGAAAAGUUAGUUGGGGAAAUACUUGUUUUUCCAAAUUAUAGUGUUCCUUUAAAAUCAGAGAAGAGAAAAGGAAGAUUAUUUUCCCCCCUUACCUUCUAAUAUAUUUUAGAUUGGUAUCUGUUUUAUAGAUUUAAGUCAUCCGCCAUAUAGAUGUUUUUAUAUUGUAUGAAUGUAUUAAUGAAUUGAACUUAUUUUUGUCUUCUGUUAUUCAAAGGUACCAAAGCCUCUUUCUGUUUGUUUCCUUAUUUGUUUGAUUUUGCUAUGAGAGUUUUUUUUUUUUCUGGAAAUUUAAAAGCUUUUCUUAGGUGUCAGCAUCUACUUUAAUCCAUGCAAUUAUUGUUUUAACAUUUCAGUGUGUAUGUAUUUGUCUCUAAAGGCAUAAGUGAAAUUUCAAAUUUUAUAUUCAUCAUUAAAGGGGAAUAAAUUCCAGAAAAUAUAUUCUGAAAAUAGUGUUUGUGCCCUACCAUUUCUUAUACCUUUUUUCUAAUUUUAGUUCUGUGUAGGUUGAAAUUUUCCUCUUGGGAUGCUGCAUUUCUGUUCCCACCUGUGAACUACAUACAUGAAAGCAGAAAAUUAGUUGUAAAGAUACAGAAAGAUCUGUUGACCCUUCAGAUGCACAUGUGGAUCUAAAUUUGUGUGUAUUGGAAGGUGACCACAGAAUCAUCUCAAUGACUAUGCCCUAGCAUAGCUUUAAAUCACUCUUCCCAUGCUUGCUUCAGAUGGAUUACGGUGUGACCCUGGAGUACACUGAAGCCAUAGCUGGUGCACUUGUUCCAAUAAUUGGCUGCAGAAAACAAGGACACUCUAGCCCCAGGUCCUAUAGAAGGCCCUGGUUGAUACAGCUUCUCAGGAAGUAGAGAAAAACAUUUCUGAAAGGCAGAGUUGGAGAUUGACUUCAUCACUGAACUAUUUCAAAACUUAAACACCAUGACAGAGGGCGGGUGAAGAAGGAGAUAAAAAAGAGCAAGCUGUAGGUUUUCAGGAACAUGCUAAAUUGUGAAACCAAAACAAAAUUACCACCCACUUGUAACCCAGAUUUUUAGAAUUUUCUAGUUCUUCUAGAAAUGUGGGUCAGGCUAGUUUGGUCAUCCUUUCAGUCACUAACUGUUGAUUGAGCCCCUAGAAUGUUAUGAGUGCUGACCAAGCAGAGCAGUAGUCUCCCUCAAGGUUGAGAGACACUGGGAAGCAAAGGCAACACUCACUGCUGAGGGUGAAUGAGAGCUGAGGUAAGUUCAAAGCACUCCAGUUGAUAUUCAUCAAAUCCUCAAGCAUCGUGUAUAAUCUGUCUUUGCUUGUUAGUUAUUCCAGUUUUAAAAUUAUUUCAUACAUACAAUGGAAUAUAUAUGCAUACCAUGUAAUAUACACACACACAUUAAAAUAGGAUAUAUAUCUUCUUGCGUGCCUGCCACUAGCUUGUGGUCUCCUUCUAGGGGGCUUGGUGUGCUAGCCCCUGUUUGAUAGAGGGAAGCUUUUUCUUGAGCUCUGUCCUUUAUGACCUCUUUCUGUCCUUUAUCAUUUUACCUUUAUGUAUGUAUCCUUAAAUAAUAAUAAAUGAAAUUAAACUGUA